AUGAAAAGAGAGGUGAAGGAGGAGGUUUCGAAGAAUGCGCAGAAGAAAGUGAAGACGGAGAUCAAGCACGAGUCGUCCAAGGAUAUCAAGGUGGAAGUCAAGGAGGACAUGAAGCAGGUGAAGGAGGAGGCUUCGAAGGAUGCGCAGAAGAAAGUGAAGACGGAGAUCAAGCAGGACUCGUCCAAGGAUAUCAAGGUGGAAGUCAAGGAUAUGAAGCGGGUGAAGGAGGAGGCUUCGAAAGAUGCAGAUAUGGAAGUGAAGGAAGAGAGGCACGAGGUCUGCAGGAGUCUGCAGAAGCAUAUCAACCAGUCAGCUCUGCAGACAAACGCAAAGCUCUUAUGCACCAUCUUUAUCCUGUCUCCCCCAUCACGGAGGACACGAAGUCGCAAAGGGAGUCGAGGCUUGGCAGCGGUCAGGACUGGCGUAGAGCAGGAGAAAGCGAAUGAGGAGCAGCAGGUACAAGUCAAGCAAGAGGAUUUUGAGCAGCCUGGGCCGAAGAGGCGUCGGCUGAGCCAGAAGAGUCCGGACGUCUUCGUUCCAUCCUUCGAGUCGCGAUUGACAGAGUGGGCCGAGAAAUGCCUAGCAUUUCAAUCCUCUGGCAAGACGUGGCUGCCCACAAAGCCCUGCUGCCCGGCCAGCCCUUUUCUUGGAUUGGCAGCAGCUCCGUGGCAAGGAUGUGUAAGAGAACAGACGACAGCAUGCGUGCAGCUCCUCGGCAAAGAGCAGUUCAGAGAGUUGCGCGACUUCUACCACGAGAAUCCACACCAUGUCCUGUUCCAUGACAACAGUGACGCAAGCAGCGAGCGACAGUCAGAGACCACUGCUGGAUCUAGGCCGCAGGCCCAAAAGAGCUCAACCGUCACUCAGCACCGAGCAGCUGAGUGCAUGAAGAUGUGGCCUUGGAUGCGGGAUCUUCCAACGCGAGCUUGGGCCGGCAAUGGCUGGCUUCUCGUGGAGGACGGCAUGAUGAAGCUCUCGCCGACGGGAGGUGGCUCCGCCAUGCAGGGCCUCGAGAUCUUCGAGUCCAUGGGCUCUGUCCCAGAACCCGACGAGACGAAGUCAUCCAGCAGAGUCGAGCCCAGAGCCGAGCAAGGCCAGGUCGUCGCGAAGAACUUCCGAGGCCUGGAGCGCCAGAGCGGCAUUCAGGGAAUUAGCUGGCGCAAAGACGUGGCAUGCUGGUGCGUCUCCUGGCAAGUAUCAGGCAAACGGCAAAAGCGCCACUUCCCCAUCUCCAUGCACAUGAAGCUGGGCCUCUGCGAGGCCGAGGCCGAGGCGGCGGCGCUCCAGGAGGCUAAGGCUUUCCGCGAGGAGCUCGUGCGCCAGGGGAAGCUGAAGCCGCCGAAGCCCGUGACGGAGAAGGCUUCCGUUUCCGCGGUGAAGGGCGUUUUUUACAACAAGCAGAACAGAACCUGGCGUGUCCAAAUAAGAGACCCCGCCACUAACAAUGUGAAGAAGGUCAGUGGGGGCUUCUUCAAGGUGAAGGAGGAGGCCGAGGCCAGGGCUCGGGAGCUGGCCAAGGAGUUGGGGCAGCAGGAGGAGGUGGUGCCGGUAAAGCGCCUCUCGGAGCUCCCACACUUCGAGCCGCUCGGACCACAGAAGGGCAUCAGGUGGAACCUUGGUGAGCAGGCCUGGCAGGCAGCUUGCAUUGUUUGCCGCAAGAAGCGGAACAUGAGGUUCCGCCCGAAGGACUUCUCGGCGAAGGAGGUGGAGAAGGCCUGGAAGCAGGCGGUGGCCUGGCGCAAGCAGCAAGAGAAGGAGAGAGAGCGGGCUGCACAGUCCCGGCAGCACUGA